AUGGAGAGGUUCCUCUUCUCCCUGCUGGUGCUCAGCAUGGCCGUGAGGGCCCAGCUUUGCCCGAAGCGCUGCAUCUGCCAAAACCUCUCGCCUUCCCUCGCCAUCCUCUGUGCCAAAACCGGGCUGCUCUUUGUGCCUCCGUUCAUCGACCGGAGAACGGUGGAGCUGCGACUGACCGAUAACUUCAUCACCACCGUCAGGAAGAGAGACUUUGCCAACAUGACCAGUCUGGUGCACCUGACCUUGUCCAGGAACACCAUCAGCCAGAUCAUGCCACUGACCUUCGGUGACCUUCGAGGCCUCCGCGCUCUUCAUCUGGACAGCAACAGGCUGACCAAGCUGGUGAAUGAGCAUCUGAAGGGUCUGGUGAACCUCCGGCACCUGAUCCUAAACAACAAUCAGCUCCACCAUAUCUCGGAGGGCUCCUUCAAUGACUUCCUCACCUGCCUAGAAGACCUGGACAUGUCCUACAACAACCUGGAGCAUUUCCCCUGGGAGGCAAUCGCCAAGAUGGUCAACCUGAACACGCUCACCUUGGACCACAAUCUCAUUGACCACAUUGAUGAGGGGACAUUCUCUGUCCUGCACAAGUUGGCCCGGUUGGACAUGACAUCGAACAGGUUGCAGAAACUUCCCCCAGAUCCUCUAUUCUUAAGGACUCAACUGCUGGUCAAUGCCAAGGGUGCUCAGUACUUCUCUCUGACACUCAGUUUUGGGGGGAACCCUCUCCACUGUAACUGUGAACUUCUCUGGCUCAGGCGACUAACCAGGAAGGAUGACCUGGAGACCUGUGCGUCACCACCACACCUGAUGGGCAAGUAUUUCUGGUCCAUCUCCGAAGAGGACUUUGUCUGUGAGCCUCCUCUCAUAACCCGGCUUCAGUCCACUAAGGCUUUUGUGGUGGAGGGUCAGAGAGUAACCCUCAAAUGCAAAGCCAUUGGCGAUCCAGAUCCCUCCAUUCUCUGGAGCUCACCAGAAGGAAAGCUGGUGUCCAACUCAUCCAGGACAAUAAUCUACGACAACGGCACCCUGGACAUUCUGAUCACCACACUCAAGGACAAUGGCAUGUUCACCUGCAUCGCUUCCAACGCUGCGGGAGAGUCGGCUACCAACAUGACCAUCGGGAUCAUCCCCCUCCCUCACCUGGUCAACUUCACAAGCCAGCAGAAGGAGCCUGCCCCAGGAUCCUCAGACAUCACCAUUUCCACCAAAUCGGGCUCUCCCUCCAACAGCAGUGACACCAAGAGCUCGCAGGAGAGGAAGGUGGUGGCGACGGACCUGAGCACCACCUCCGCCCUGAUCCGGUGGCCUUCGCAGCGCCCCAUCCCUGGGAUUCGCAUGUACCAGAUCCAGUACAACAGCUCCACUGACAACACUCUGGUCUACAGAAUGAUUCCAUCCACAAGCAAAACCUUCCUGGUGAAUGACCUGUCACCGGGACGAGACUAUGACCUGUGCAUCCUGGCUGUCUACGACGAUGGGAUCACGUUGAUGACUGGGACUAGAGUCGUGGGCUGUGUCCAGUUCACCACGGAGCAAGAGUACACUCAGUGCCAUUCUGUGCACACCCAGUUCCUUGGUGGGACCAUGAUCAUCAUCAUUGGGGGAAUCAUUGUGGCCUCUGUGCUGGUUUUUAUCAUCAUCCUAAUGAUCAGGUACAAGGUGUACAACAACGCAGGUGAGGGCAAGACCCUGGUCAGCAACGUCUGCUCUCAGACCAAUGGCAGUCAGCUGGGAGGCAUGACUCGAUCCAGCUCCAAACUAGCCGAGGGAUCAGGUGAGUGCAUUCAAGAGAUUUUUGGCGAAUGCUCCAAAGGCUCAGUGGCUGUGCUAUUAAACAUGUCUGGGGAGAAGGGCAGUAUUCCCCAGAGCACCACCAUGAUGACCACAGACACUCUGUCCCACAUGCAGAGGAGGACAAAGCCAAGCACAGACCUCCAGAAAGAGGCUCAGUUGUCUUCUGAAGAGGGACCAACGGAAGGAAGCACUACUGACUCCAGCAUGUCAGUUUGCUUGAUUAGGGCAAGCAAGGGCAACUUGCCUCGAAGGGACAGACAAACUAAACUAAGCAAUGUAUCUGUUCUGCCCUGCGAAAUCUCGAGACCUCAGCAUAGACACUCGUUUGAUGGAGACUAUUCUCUGUUCCAGAGCCACAGUUACCCAAGGAGAGCACGGACUAAGGCAAAUCUGACCGGCAGUGGGCAGAAUUUGAACUCUGAUGACUUUGCUCUGGAGAGCAAGAGAACAACAUAUGGCAGCACAGAAUGGAUGCUGGAGAGCACAGUGUGAGCUGAGGGUCGCUCGUAGGACAGCAUCAGAGCACCCAUCAUUAAUGCAGGGCUAGCACUUGCACAGAGGUAAUCUUUGGAGGGAGGAAGUGGGCAGGAAAGUCCGUGAUGUGUCCCUUUGCACACUUGGCAAUGCCUUAAACCACCACAGCACUGGACCUUGGCAAGGGAAGGAUGACUGGUGCCAACACCGGGGACAAGCAGGGAUCCUCAACACCCCACGGAAGGAAUUAGAUGUGUUACGUUCUUUCUUAAUUUCAUCACUCCCUCCAGCAUUGCGUGUUUGCAAUCCAAGACGAUUGGCGUCAAUUAGUGGUGAAUUCUGAGCACGUCAUUUCACACCUGGCAGGAUCAACAUCUGGAUGAAGUGCCACCAUUUACACUCAUUUCAGAAGAAGGCAAGGCUUUGAUAUUUAUUAAAACUAGAAACUAAAAGUGUAUAAGCAUAAACGUGGAAAGAAAUGGGAUCGAAGAUUUAGACAAUGCUGGACUGCUUUCCAAUUACUAAUUAUUUCAUGUUUGAUAUUUGUUGUA